CAUUUGCCUUCCUGGAUUUGUGGCCACCUUUUGAGCAGCCAACAAGGAUUCAUCCCGCACCAAUCCCGAGAACUGUCCUUACAAGCCUCUUAUCACCAGCAGAGUUGGUGCCAUACAUUUCUCCUCUGCUCAUUACUUUACGGCAACCCUGCAUUGUGCUUUGUUUCGUGGCGAUACCCUCUCGGUUGAGAUUUCGGGUGCGCUUGCUCGUUUCACAAUCUUCUGUACAUUUUAAAGCAAUUAGUUGUUCCUCCUGGUAGUGUUAAGUCUUUGAUUGCAUUUAGGUUUCGCAAACCUUGCUCGUUGGCCAGUAGCCGCCCGGCGAGCCUCCGGGUGGCCAGGCCGUAGCUGCCAUGGCUCAGGAGGAUGAUACGAUGAGAGGUGAGGCUUCAGAGCAGAGAGCAGCGACAGGCGGUAAUGGAGAUGCCGCCCGGCCAGUCAAGCGGUAUCGGCGGGACGAGCUCGACAAGGAAGAAGAGAACCCGAUGCUGCUUUCGGAGGACGGUGACGAUGAGGGGCAGGAGUAUGUGCCACUGCGCAAGCGGAGGGAGGCGGAGGAGUCCCGGCUGGUCGCGCUGCUGCGGGGUGGGCGGCGGGCGGGCAGCGCGGAGCCUGACAACGGCGGGCGGGCCGGCAGUGAGCCGCCUGGCGACCGGCCCAAGGAGUCGCUGCUGGUCAUCACAGCCAGGAACCUGAAGCAGACGGGUGCGCCCACGGAAGCCCAGGCUGCGCUGCAAGAGGAGGAGGACAUUAUGCGGCACGCGCUGCAGAAGCAGGCGCUCAAGGCGGUCAAGGAGCUGGCCACGGGUGUGGAGUACACUCAUUCCAUCGGGACGGGCUGGAAGCCGCCGCUGCGCUACCGCCGCAUUCCUCAGGACCUGCAGCAACAGCUGCGGGACUUGCUGCGCAUCGUGUGCGAUGGCCGCAGUAUCCCACCGCCCAUCCCCAGCUUCGCGGACAUGAAGCUGCCUCCUGCGGUGCUGCGGGUGCUGGCCAGCAAGGGCAUCAAGAAGCCCACGCAGAUCCAGAUGCAAGGCCUGCCGGUGGCGCUCAGCGGCCGCGACAUGAUCGGCAUCGCGUCCACCGGAAGCGGCAAGACGCUGGUGUUCACGCUGCCCAUGAUCCUCAUCGCGCUGCAGGAGGAGAUGCGCAUGCCGCUUGGCCAGAACGAGGGCCCCAUCGGCAUGGUCAUCUGCCCCUCCCGCGAGCUGGCCACACAGACGUACGAGAUCGCCGACAUGUACUGCCAGGCGCUGAACGCGGACCGCUACCCGGAGGUGCGGGUGAUGCUGUGCAUCGGCGGCAUCGACCCCAAGCCCAUGUACGAGACGCUGCGGCGGGGGCUGCACGCCGUGGUGGCCACACCCGGCCGCCUCAAGGACCUGCUGCACAAGAAGCGCAUGAACCUGGACAUCUGCCGCUACCUGUGUCUGGACGAGGCAGACCGCAUGGUGGACCAGGUGGGCUUUGAGGACGACGUGCGCGACAUUCUGUCCUUUUUCAGGGGGCAGCGGCAGACACUCAUGUUCAGCGCGACCAUGCCCGCCAAGAUCAAGGCGUUUGCGGAGAGUGCGCUGGUGGACCCAGUGGAGGUCAACGUGGGCCGAGCAGGUGCCGCCAACAUGGACGUGAUCCAGGAGGUGGAGUACGUCAAGGAGGAAGCCAAGCUGCCGUAUCUGUUGGAGUGCCUGCAGAAGACCGCCCCUCCGGUGCUGGUGUUUGCGGAGAAUAAGCGCGACGUGGACAUCAUCCACGAGUAUCUGCUGGUGCAGGGUGUGGAGGCCGUGGCGGUGCACGGCGACAAGGCGCAGGAGGACCGCCACGCCGCUAUCGCCUCCUUCAAGAAGGGCGACGCCGAUGUGCUGGUGGCCACAGACGUGGCGUCCAAGGGUCUGGACUUCCCGGACAUCCAGCACGUGAUCAACUACGACAUGCCCGAGGAGAUUGAGAACUACGUGCAUCGCAUCGGUCGCACGGGUCGUUGCGGCAAGACGGGUGUGGCCACCACCUUCAUAAACACCAAGCAGUGCAGUGAGACCAUCCUGCUGGAUCUCAAGCACUUGCUCAAGGAGGCCAAGCAGCGUGUGCCUCACUUCCUGCUGGCGCUGGAUGACCCUCUGGAGGCACAGGCGGAGCUGGAGGAGAAGAGUGGCAUCAAGGGCUGCAGCUACUGCGGUGGCCUGGGUCACCGUGUCACCAACUGCCCCAAGCUCAAGUCCGAGGACAAGGCCAAGUCACGCGCCAACAAGGACUACUUUGGCAGCGGCGGCUUCGGAGGAGAGAUCUAAUAGAGCUGCUGCGUUUGUUGUACGUGGGAUUGCGUGGUACUACUGCGCGUGGAGCGGUGUGGGGCCGAGCGCUUUACCCGGCUCCUGGCCUUUGGCACAGUGCCAUGGGACAAGGUGUACGUGUGCUUGAUGGAUGAUGGGGAUUGUCACGGUGGUGCACGUGGUUGUACUAGAUGAAUGCCGGACGGUGUUGUACGGUACAUUGACUGGCGGCUUAAAUUUAGGGCAGGUGGGGAGCAGGCUUCCAGGCGGAUUGUGGUUGCGCUCUAGUCAUGGACGCAAAGGACGAGAAGUGCGCAAAGCUAUUAGCAGUUUGGUCAAGGGUGGCCAGAAGUGCAAGCGCCACCGGCGCGCACCCAUGCACUGCUGCCCGCACGCAUACCACAGCCGUCACUUCUGCUACGGCCUCCCAACUUACACCUCACGUGUAGCAUUGCGUCACGUCUA